GCAAAAUCGAAAUCGACAAGCCCGCAGCCAGUAACCCCCCCUUCAAAACUGCGAUCCGAUCAUUACCUAGGUACCUUACCUAUCUAUCUAUCGUUCGCGUGCCACCUCAAAAAAAGAUACUCGACAUUUUAUCAGUCUGUUUGCAAGUUCUGAUAGAGAUUCGACUUGUUUCCUGAUUUUGGUACGUUCAAUCGCAAAAAGGAAACGGUUUACAAAUCGCAACCUGGAAGAGCGUUUCUUUUUUGCCCUUUUCGUUUGACUCGCCAAAAGUGCUGCACUCCGGCCUUUAGGCCACCAACGGACCUUCCGUAAUCACGCACGCACAGUCAGUCAGUCCAGUUAGGCAAGCCAGUUGCAAGUUGCGCGCCUCGCGAGCUUGGACCCGACCCGACCUGAACUUGACCCAAACCCGAACCUAAGCAACGAAAACAACUACAUACCAUCCAUCUACCUACACAACGUAACACCCAUCAAACUGCACCCAAUAAUCACCCCGAAUAUCCUCGAUCUGUCAUCGCCAUCAACACUCACUCAUCCUCGUCUCCCUCUUUUCCCACUCCCGCUGCAUCCCUCUCGCGUAGGUCGCCAACGCUGCCACAAGCCGGACAAGUUAUUAAUCACAGCCCGCGGAUAACGUCAUGCCAGGGAAGACUCCCAACGGGAAACAGCCGGUCGAGAACGGCAUUAGGAAAACACAGGACGUCGACAUGAAGGACGAGACGUCACGAAAGACCAAGGGAAAGAAGCUCAAGGAGGGUGACGAAGAAAUGACCGUCGUUGUGCCGCCGUCCAAGUCGUCGAAGCAGUCGCCACCGACCCGACCGGAUGAGGAUAUAGACAUGGACGACUCCGCAAAGGUUGAUGAUGGCGAAGUCAAGGUCGACCCAGCAGUGCAGGCCGUCGCAGAUAUCAAGAGCAAUUUCGCCCUGUUGGACAAGGCUGUUGCCUUGUUCGAUGCAAGAUUCACGUUGCGUGCUCUGCGGUCAAUCUCGUCCAUCCGCAAGCGGUUGACCGCCGACAUCCUCGCCCAGGCGAUUGCCGAGACGUUUCCUCCGACCGCAGCGUCAGGGGACGCAGUCAAACAGCUGCUCUCGAGCAUUGGGAAACAAGACGUGCAGCUUGGACGCCAGUCGGGUUCGGAGAUGGAGAUCGAUGGCGAGGCUAAGGGCCAGUCAAAGAGCACCAGCUCCAAGAAGGAGAACAAAGAGAUCAUCCCCGAGAUUGACAUCUUUAUGGGAAUCCUCACCCAGGUAUUCCUCUAUGAUUCUAAGCAGCUUGAGCGCGGUGCCGAGUUUUCGCAGCACCUCUGCGAACGAAUCCACUCCCUUAACCGUCGCACAUUAGAUUCGCUCUCGGCCAAGGUUUACUUUUACUACUCGCUCUUCUUCGAGAAGCUUGCGCCUCUGCCACCGUCGCCGCAGUCGCCAUCCGUGUCUAUCCGCCCAACGCUCCUUGCCGCCCUCCGGACUGCCGUGUUGAGGAAGGAUAUUGAUACACAGGCCUCGGUUAUUGUGCUGCUGCUGCGGAACUACCUCGCGACUUCGCACAUCAACCAGGCCGAUCUGCUCGUCUCACAUACACAGUUCCCCGAGAAUGCUGCAAACAACCAAGUUGCGCGGUAUCUUUACUAUCUUGGGCGGAUUCGCGCCAUACAGCUGCGCUACACGGAAGCACACGAGCACUUGACGGCUGCGACGCGGAAGGCACCGACCUCUAACUGCGCGGUUGGUUUCUCGCAGACGGCCACCAAGCUUCUGCUGGUGGUCGAGCUGCUGAUGGGCGAUAUUCCUGACCGCGCGACAUUCCGCCAACCGACUCUUGAGGAGGCACUGCACCCCUACUUCCUGCUAGUCCAAGCUGUCCGCGUCGGCAACCUCGACAACUUUGAGACAACCAUUGCGGACCACGCCGAUACUUUCCGCAAGGACGGGACCUACACUCUCAUCCUCCGACUUCGCCAGAACGUCAUCAGGACGGGUAUUAGGAUGAUGUCGCUUUCGUACAGUCGCAUCUCGCUCCGGGACAUUUGCAUCCGCCUUCACCUUGGCAGCGAAGAGUCGGCUGAGUACAUUGUUGCCAAGGCCAUUAGGGACGGCGUCAUCGAGGCCACCUUGGACCGUGAGCAUGGCUACAUGAGGAGCAAGGAGGUUGGUGAUGUGUACGCCACGCGGGAGCCAGGCGAGGCUUUCCACGAUCGCAUCCGUGCCUGCCUCGCGCUCCACGACGAGAGCGUCAAGGCUAUGCGCUUCCCCAUGAACCAGCACCGUCUUGAGCUUAAGAAUGCUCAGGAGGCUCGUGAGAGAGAGCGGGAGAUGGCCAAGGAGAUACAGGAUGGUGAUCUUGACGAGGACGAUCUUGGGGGAGAGUUCGAGGGCAUGUAAUAUUCUCGAUCCUCUUUAUUUUUUCUUUUACUCUCCCGCUUUUUUUUUUUGCUUUCCUUGGAAGAGGUUCCAAACUGUGUUUUUGUACCCCCCGCAUUUGUGUAAAGCUUCCUUCAACCCAAACGUGUACUUGUUAUCACACUUUACCAAAGAGCUUAUUCAACCUGGGAUCUUCUUCUUUUCUCUGACAUUUCCUGAGUCGAGCAUGUCUCUUUGUAUUUGGGCACAAGAGGUUAUUUCCAUUCUUUGGUGAUGAAGAAGGGACAAAUGGGUAUGGGUUUCUGGCACGGAGUGGCUAUAGCAAUGGCGAGGACAUUUUUGUUUCUUACUUUAGGGAAAAAAGCUUUGCUUCCGCCUUGUUAUAACUCGGGGACACAUAGUAAUCAAAUGGGCGG